UUUUCAGUCCCUAUUUGGAACUGCUCUCGCGGCAGUUCAGACCUCGUGCUCGGCCCCCUUCGCCUGUCUGUGUGUGGUAUCCGCAGGUCCGAGGCACUUUUGUGUGUGUGUGUGUGUGCGCGUGUAUGUGUGUGUGUUGAGUGCGUGUGUUUUGGGGGUUUGUCGGGGCGCGGAGAGGCUGGGAGGAAGCAAAGAAGCCGCAGAGCUCCCGGGCUCGGGCUACGUCUCCCCCUCCGUGAUCUCCAGCCUGCGCGCUCCGAGGCGGCAGGGACGCCGACCGCUCCUCGCCAGAGACGCUGACGCUCUACUUGGGAGCAGAGAGGACCCCUUCGCCCAGGCUUCUCAUGCCCGCUGGAGUUAGGAUGCCGGGGCGCAUGAUUUACACCGACUGAGCCCGGAGUUCCUCCUCGGCCCUGGGAAGGAAGGGCUGGCGGCAGCGACGGGAGCAGAAGGAACAGCAGGCUCUCCUCUCCGAGGGGGGGCGUCGAAGCACCCUCACUGGGCUCCAGCCCUCACCCUCGGUCCUCAAGCCGUCACCUCUGUAGCCUGCCUUCUUUCUCGUCUCAUUGCGAGUUCCGGGCCCGGUCACCUCUGAGACCCGACCCACGCGCCCCGAAUGCUCUGGGCUGCCCAGACGCGCCCCCCUCCAACCUCAUCGUGCUGAGUGACCCGCGAGGGGACAGGAGGAUCCCCCCACCCUCGGCCUUGGGAUCCCGCACUGGAGCCACCAGGAAGCCAACGAUGUCCGCACAGCCCCGGCUUCUGACACUGUCCACGCAGCCGGGGGAAGGUGGCCGGCAGAAGCCGGCCGAGCCCUAGGCGCACAAAGCGCGAGCCCGCCGACGACUUUGCCGCUCGCUCCGCCGCUCUUUGUCUGCACUUGGGGCGCACGCCCGACUCUGGGAUUUCGCUGCGAGAGCGGGCUGGGGGGGCCGGGGGCGAGCUCUCGGUUCCCCGGCCGCCCCCCGCUCGGGCUCGCCUCCCCCCUCCCCCGCACAUCCCCGGCUCGGGCUCUCAGCGCUUCCAAGCUCUCGGAAUCGCGACCCCUCCCUGCCAUGUAUCCGCAAGGCAGACAUCCGGCUCCCCAUCAACCCGGGCAGCCGGGAUUUAAAUUCACUGUGGCCGAGUCCUGUGACAGGAUCAAAGACGAAUUCCAGUUCCUGCAAGCUCAGUAUCACAGCCUCAAAGUGGAAUACGACAAGCUGGCGAACGAGAAGACGGAGAUGCAGCGCCAUUAUGUGAUGUACUAUGAGAUGUCCUAUGGCCUGAAUAUUGAAAUGCACAAGCAGACAGAGAUUGCAAAGAGACUGAACACAAUUUUAGCCCAGAUCAUGCCCUUCCUGUCACAAGAGCAUCAGCAGCAAGUGGCGCAGGCCGUGGAACGCGCCAAGCAGGUCACCAUGACGGAACUGAACGCCAUCAUCGGGGUACGUGGACUCCCCAAUCUGCCUCUCACCCAGCAGCAACUCCAGGCACAGCACCUCUCCCAUGCCACACAUGGUCCCCCGGUCCAGCUGCCACCCCACCCGUCAGGCCUCCAACCUCCUGGGAUCCCCCCAGUGACAGGAAGCAGCUCUGGGCUGCUGGCACUUGGUGCCCUGGGCAGCCAAGCCCACUUGGCGGUGAAGGAUGAGAAGAACCACCAUGAACUGGAUCACAGAGAGAGAGAGUCCAGCGCGAACAAUUCGGUGUCGCCUUCAGAAAGCCUCCGGGCCAGCGAGAAGCACCGGGGAUCUGCCGACUACAGCAUGGAAGCCAAGAAGCGGAAAGCGGAGGAGAAAGAUAGCCUGAGCCGAUACGACAGUGACGGUGACAAAAGUGACGACCUGGUGGUGGACGUCUCCAAUGAGGACCCCGCGACGCCGCGGGUGAGCCCAGCACACUCCCCUCCUGAAAAUGGGCUGGACAAAGCCCGUCUGAAGAAAGAUGCCCCUACCAGCCCGGCCUCGGUGGCGUCUUCCAGUAGCACGCCCUCCUCCAAGACCAAAGACCUUGGUCAUAAUGACAAAUCUUCUACACCUGGGCUCAAAUCCAACACACCAACGCCAAGGAAUGAUGCCCCAACUCCAGGCACCAGCACGACCCCAGGGCUCCGGUCAAUGCCGGGCAAACCUCCAGGCAUGGACCCGAUAGGUAUAAUGGCCUCCGCCCUGCGCACACCUAUCUCCCUCACCAGCUCCUAUGCAGCACCCUUUGCCAUGAUGAGCCACCACGAGAUGAAUGGCUCCCUCACCAGCCCUAGCGCUUACGCCGGCCUACACAACAUCCCACCCCAGAUGAGCGCCGCCGCCGCUGCCGCAGCCGCCGCCUAUGGCCGAUCGCCAAUGGUGAGCUUUGGAGCUGUUGGUUUUGACCCUCACCCCCCUAUGCGGGCCACGGGCUUGCCCUCAAGUCUCGCCUCCAUUCCUGGAGGGAAACCGGCUUACUCCUUCCAUGUGAGCGCUGAUGGGCAGAUGCAGCCUGUGCCCUUCCCCCAUGAUGCACUAGCAGGCCCCGGAAUUCCCAGGCAUGCCCGGCAGAUCAACACGCUCAGUCACGGAGAGGUGGUGUGUGCUGUGACCAUCAGCAACCCCACCCGGCACGUCUACACAGGUGGCAAGGGCUGCGUGAAGAUAUGGGACAUCAGCCAGCCAGGCAGCAAGAGUCCCAUCUCCCAGCUGGACUGCUUGAACAGGGAUAACUACAUCCGCUCGUGCAAGCUUCUCCCUGAUGGGCGCACGCUCAUCGUCGGCGGUGAGGCCAGCACGCUCACCAUCUGGGACCUGGCCUCGCCCACUCCCCGCAUCAAGGCUGAGCUGACUUCCUCAGCUCCAGCCUGUUAUGCCCUGGCCAUCAGUCCUGAUGCCAAAGUGUGUUUCUCCUGCUGCAGUGAUGGGAACAUUGCCGUGUGGGACCUACACAACCAGACCCUGGUCAGGCAGUUCCAGGGCCACACAGAUGGCGCCAGCUGUAUAGACAUCUCUCAUGAUGGCACUAAGCUAUGGACAGGAGGCCUGGACAACACCGUGCGCUCCUGGGACCUGCGUGAGGGGCGGCAGCUACAGCAACAUGAUUUCACCUCCCAGAUCUUCUCCCUGGGCUACUGUCCCACGGGGGAGUGGCUGGCCGUGGGCAUGGAGAGCAGCAAUGUGGAGGUCCUGCACCACACCAAGCCGGACAAGUAUCAGCUGCACCUGCAUGAGAGCUGCGUGCUGUCCCUCAAAUUCGCCUACUGCGGGAAGUGGUUUGUGAGCACUGGGAAAGACAACCUUCUCAAUGCCUGGAGGACGCCCUAUGGAGCCAGCAUCUUCCAGUCUAAGGAAUCCUCAUCUGUCUUGAGCUGUGACAUUUCAGCAGAUGACAAAUACAUUGUAACGGGCUCUGGUGACAAGAAGGCCACAGUUUACGAGGUCAUCUACUGAACAAGGACUCUAACAGGCCUGUCAAACUCUGGGAGACACCCACGCAGCCCUGACAGGGAGACGCUGGCCAGGCCCCUGAGAAUGGCAGUGGAAUGGGGGAGCAGCAGCGUGGGGUGCACUCCAGAAGCCGGAGAGGACACACGCCCCUUUGUGGAUUGAUGUGUCUGACAGACUCGACGGACUUUCUCUUCUCCCCCUUACCAGUGCUGGCAGAUACUUCAAACAGAUUUAUCUGGAGGCUUCUGCUUCCAUUCCCCGCCCCCACAGACACCCUCAUGAGUCUGUCUCUUUGUCCCCUUUCUGACCUGUCCCCUCCCUGCUCUGGGGUGGGGGACACUGGAGUAGACCACAUUGUUGUUCUGGGGAGGGGUGCCUCAUUUUCUGAUUGUGCAGUGCACGAGGUUUAUGAACAGUGUAAAUAAGAGACUGUGGUUGCUGACCGGCCAGCGAGGGAGGAGGCCCCUUCCCACCGAUGCUCGCCGUGUAUUUUUGCCUGCUGUAUUUGUAAUCCACUCAUGGUGGUGGCUUUUCUUUCUUUCUUUCUUCUCUUUUAUUUUAUUUUAUUUUUUAACAAAUGUUCCUGUGGGGAAGGUAGGCAGAAAGAGAAAGUGGGGUCGGGGAAUUCCUGGGGAUGGCCAGAUCAGCCUGGCCUAUUGGGAAUACCUCCACAUGGGUUUUACCACCAGUCAGGGCAUGUAACGAUGGAGUGAUAGGCAGAUGGACAAGCAAACUCAGUACUGGGAUGGGCCAGCCUGGGCUAUCAUCCACAGGAACAGCGAGGGUUUCCUGUGGAUUCCUCUUCUCUGUCUGCCUCUUCCCUUGCCUUCUCCCCAUCUCUCUUUCUGUUCCCCCCCCCCCCCCGGGCCCCGUCUUUCUCUUUGGUGCACACUCAAUCAUUGUGAAGAGGAAUGGAAGUUCAAGGGGCUCCCUCUCGGACUCCUCCAGAGCAGCCUAGAAAGGAUUCCAUAUCGGGGGUUGGGGGACACAGCGACUCAGCUCAGGGAGCUACCAGAGAAAAACAGCAGCUGGUGUGGGUGCUUUUUUUUUUUUAAUUUGAAUAAAAAGAAUUAGAAGUGAUAUCCUUUCAUAAGAUGCCUUCUCCCCUUUCCUGCUUUUUGCCCUUUCUACUACUCCCUGAAGGGGUGAAGCGGGAACGCCCAUGUCUGAGUCUGAGAAGAUGGGUUCUCUUCCCACUCCUGGGCAGGGCUGAGGGCCCACAGCCUGGCGCACUGUGCUAACCUGCAGCCGUCAUAGGCUUGGGCAGAUGGACUGUCAUCCGCAGGUAUUGCCCCUUGGGUACCGAUGUUUGUGGUAUUAGGUUUGUUUUAUUUGGUUUUGGUCUUUUGUUGUUUUAUUAAAGAAAAGCUAAAGACCGUGUGAGCUCUGCUGGUGGGCUCUCCAUGGAUGUAGCAUAUGGAAGAGAGUUUUUAUAUUGCAUUUUUAUGGAUUAUUUUAUAAUGUGGGACUCGAUGUAGGAAGGAAGAACGCCUGUGAAACCUGCCCAUCUCCAGUGUUCCAGCUGAGUGGCUGCCCCCAACAGGAUGGGUGUUGGGACAUGAAAAGGCCAUGGCACCCUGCGCCUUCCUGAGAGAGGUGUGCCAUGCCUGUCUGGAGUCUGCCCAUCUGUCUCUGGGUUUCAGAUGGUCCCUGGCCACCACUUGGUAAGGUUCUAGCCAGGAGCGGGAGGGUGGAAGAGAGUUAUUCCUGAAGAGAAAAGAAAAUUGAAAAGUCAUUGUAAUGAGCUGUUUUUAUAUUUUUAAAAGUUACUAUUUAAAAAGG